AUUCUCCAAAAUAUAAUAAAAAUAAUAACUUAAUCCCGCGCAAGGCGCGGGUCUUAUUCUAGUUUUUAUAGUAUUAUCUAAAGCAACCUGUGUAAACUAAACCAUAAAACAUCCGCUACUCAGGAAGAUUCGUCGCAACUCAAAAUCUCCCUUUUACCCUUUUCUCCUUUCAUCCACGUAUUGUCCAAAACUACUAUAAAUAUUACCUACCCAUCGGAGAAUCAAAAAGAACAAAUGUACAAUUACAGAAGCAGAUCUCUUCUUGCUCUCUAAGUCUUAGACUCUUCCACAACUCUAAACAACCAUGUUUCACGGUGCUGACAGAGCGGUUGAGGCGCUGCUUCGUGGCCAAGAAAGCGCUAAUCUCUUGAAAACGGUGCUCGAACACCAGAGGACAAGCUCAGUUUCAAUCGAGCCUCUCUUCGAUACCGUUCUUGAUUCCUUCUCCUACGCUCUAUCUCUUUUUGCAUCUUCUAACCCUCAACCACUCUGUGAGUCUUCUCAGAACAAGCCAACCCCCGUGGUGGCUCGGAAAUCACCCAAGAAAAAUAGCCAUGGAGAAGAAGGUUUAGAGCAAUACAACCAUGAUUCACCAACUCCGAUCUGCAACGACGGUUUUUCUUGGAUGAAGUACGGCCAAAAGAAAAUCAAAACAUCUUCCCACCAAAGAAACUGCAACGCUACAAAGAGGGUGCAACAGAUCCAAGACAGUCCUUCGGUGUACAGAACAACUUAUGUUGGAAAACACAUGUGUGAGGUUAAUGCUUUUUUGCAGCCUAAUGAAGAUAUUGUUAACGGUUCCAAGAUGAUUCGGUUCGACAAAACCGACCAGGGCAUGCCUGAACCUGUUAUGCCUCAACUCGUUCCAGUAGAACAAGAAGCACUUAUCAUCGAAGGCACGGACCAAAUCAUGAACCUAGAAUGUGGUAGUAACGAGUUUUUGGUGGAUGAUGACCAGUUAUGGGAAUAUCAGUUUCCUCCAUGUUCACCGGGAGAUUUUAUGUUCUUGGACGAUCUUUCUGAGUUUGAUUACAAUCCUUUCCACGUUUGAACAAGCACCUUUUUCAAGCCUUUUCUCAUAUUCACAUUGAGGGUGGGCUAUGUUGGUACUUGCUAUAUCUUGUAUUAGUUUAUAUUUCUGUCUUUUUGGUGUGCUAGAUUCAUAAUUCGUCACACCGCUUUUUGGUGUGACGUAUCUGUGCAGUUUGAUUCAAAUAUUAAGAACCUGAUUUUCCUUUUUGGUCAAGUACUCUUUAUCUUUUGAACGAUAUAACGGGCGUUUAUAGCACAUAAAACGCGUCGGCUGACUGAGUAUAAUUAAGAAAAAGAGUUUUGAAGAGGAUAAAUGAAAUGAAACUUAAUUCAAUUAAAAAAGAAAAAAGACUUAAUUCAGUUUAACUGAUUUUAGUAUAAUAUCCAUAAAAAAGAUCACGUCCAAAACGUUAUUACAUCUACACUGCAACUGUAUUAUUAAUUUUUGGAAUAAAAUACUGUGAUAUUAUAUGUUCUAUUAAUUUUAUGAUUUUUACCGUAUAAUUUGAAUGGAAGAAAAUAAUUAUGUUAUCAAUUCUACAAAUAGAUACAUAAAAUAUGAAAAGAACGUUCUAUAACGAAUUUAAUAAUUUAUAAUUAUAAUAAAUAUAUUCCAUUUUUUUCUUUUAUUUCAUUUAGGUUAUUACAUUUAUUUUUAUUCCAUCAAUUUUAUCACAUUUGCUAGUUGCAACGUUAAAUGUAUAACGGAAAUGAAAAGUUCCCAAGUCUUUCGGUAUAUGUUUACUUCGGUCAUAAGGUCAAACUAGAUCUUGACCCGACCGGGCGGGUAUUUCUUUUAUGUUUUUAGUUUUUUUUUGUUUAUAUUAAAUGAUGCAUUUGUAAUAUUGAAACAUAAAUUUAUAUUGAAAAUUAAUCUUUGCAGCUAUAAUAAAAAUUAAAAUUAAAAUUUUAAUAAAAUAUUUUGAUAUAAAUUUUAAAUUUCCUAAUUAAAAUAAUAUAGAGGUGGUCAUAUUUUUUCCAAUUUCAAAAUCUAAGUUUCCUUAAAGACAAAGAAAAUAAAUUUAUAAGUACAUAAAAUAUAUAAACAUAUUUGGAACUAUAAUUUCUAUUAAAAUAAAUUUGAUAAAGAAAAAUAAUCUUGCUGUUGUUAUUUAUUUCUAGAGCUUGACCCGUGACCGUAUGAAUAUUUACUACACAUUUGUUAAUAUAACAUUUUUAAACAUAACAAUUUCAUUUAUUACUUUGAAUAAUUAUAUUUUGUGAUUUUAAUCAUCUAUUAUAUCACAAUGUAUAAUAUAAACAAAUCCAAUAUUUAUAACUAAUUGGACUUAUAUUGUAAAAGCAUUAUACUAAUAUAUGAAUAAACUAUUUUAUAUUUUAUUUAUAUGUU